AUGGUCAAUGGGGAUGGAGAAGCAUCUCCCGUAGUUUCAGAGACCAGUAGGAGUGGAGGAACAUCUCUAGUUGUCAAUGGGAAUGGAGGAGCAUUUCCCAUAGUUUCAGAGGUCAAUGGGGAUGGUGGAACAUCUCCAACAGUCAGUGGGGAUGGAGGAACAUUUCCCAUGGUUAAUGGGGAUGGAGAAGCAUCUGUAAUGACCUUGAGGGUCGAUGGGGCUGGAGGAACAUCUCUGGUGGUCAAUGGGGACAGAGGAACAUCUCCAGUGGUCAGUGGGGAUGGUGGAGCAUCUCCAGUGGUCAAUGGGAACAAAGGAACAUCUCCGGUGGUCAAUGGGGACAGAGGAACAUCUCCAGUGGUUGGUGGGGAUGGUGGAACACCUCGCGCCGCCUCCCCGCAGGGCGAGUCCAAGCGCAUCACCCUGGUGCUGCAGCAGCCGCCGGGCGCUGCCGCCGCCGCCGCCACCUCGGGCCAGCGCCACGUGGUCCUGGGCAGCCUCCCCGGCAAGAUCGUCCUGCAGGGCAACCAGGUGGCCGCGCUGGGCCAGGCCAAGGGCGCCGCGGGCCAGGCGGCCAAGGUGGUCACCAUCCAGCUGCAGGUGCAGCCGGCGGCCAACGCGCAGAAGAUCCAGGUGCUGCAGCAGGCGCCGGGCGCCGGGCCCGCCGUGGCCGUGCCGCCCGCGCAGGUGGUGGCCGGCGCCGCGCAGCGCUUGACCGUGCCGCUCAAGGUGGUGCUGCAGCCCCAGGGCAUCGUGGUGGUGGUGGGACGUCAUGGGGGUGGUGGGACGUGGUGGAGAGAAUGGGACAUUGUGGUGGUGAAAUGUGGUGGUGGUGGUGGAGAUCAUGGGGGUGGUGGGAGAUCCACCAUCACGCCCGUGGUGGGCAAGAAGCGCAAGCGCAACGCGUCCUCGGACAACUCGGACGCCGAGGCGAUGCCGGCACCAGCGCCGCGCGAGGAGGAGGAGAGCAGCGUGCAGAAGCGCCGCUCCAACCGGCAGGUGAAGCGCAAGAAGUACACGGAGGACCUGGACAUCAAGAUCACCGACGACGAGGAGGACGAGGAGCUGGACGUCACGGGGCCCGUGAGGACCGAGCAGCCGCCGGCCCCGCAGCUCCCCGUGCCCGAGCCUGAGCCCGAGGGCGAGACCUUGCCCUCCAUGCAGUUCUUUGUGGAGAACCCCAGCGAGGAGGACGCCGCCAUCGUGGACAAGGUGCUCUCCAUGCGGGUGGUCAAGAAAGAGCUCCCGUCGGGGCAGUUCACGGAGUCCGAGGAGUUCUUCGUCAAGUACAAGAACUACUCCUACCUGCACUGCGAGUGGGCCACCAUCGACCAGCUGGAGAAGGACAAGAGGAUCCACCAGAAGCUGAAGCGCUUCAAGACCAAGAUGACGCAGAUGCGGCACUUCUUCCACGAGGAUGAGGAGCCCUUCAACCCGGACUACGUGGAGGUGGACCGCAUCCUGGAUGAGUCGCACAGCGUCGACAAGGACAACGGCGAGCCCGUGGUCUACUACCUGGUCAAGUGGUGCUCGCUGCCCUACGAGGACAGCACGUGGGAGCUCAAGGAGGACGUGGACGAGGGCAAGAUCGGCGAGUUCAAGCGCAUCCAGGCGCGGCACCCGGAGCUCAAGCGCGUGGCGCGUCCGCAGGCGGGCUCCUGGACCAAGCUGGAGCUCUCGCGCGAGUACAAGAACCACAACCAGCUCCGCGAGUACCAGCUCGAGGGCGUCAACUGGCUGCUCUUCAACUGGUACAACAGGCAGAACUGCAUCCUGGCUGACGAGAUGGGCCUGGGCAAGACCAUCCAGUCCAUCGCCUUCCUGCAGGAGGUCUACGGCGUGGGCGUGCGCGGGCCCUUCCUGGUCAUCGCGCCGCUCUCCACCAUCACCAACUGGGAGCGGGAGUUCAACACGUGGACCGAGAUGAACACCAUCGUCUACCACGGCAGCCUGGCCUCGCGGCAGAUGAUCCAGCAGUACGAGAUGUACUGCAAGGACGCCCGGGGCCGCCUCAUCCCCGGCGCCUACAAGUUCGACGCGCUCAUCACCACCUUCGAGAUGAUCCUGUCGGACUGCCCCGAGCUGCGGGAGAUCGAGUGGCGCUGCGUGGUCAUCGACGAGGCCCACCGCCUCAAGAACCGCAACUGCAAGCUCCUCGACAGCCUCAAGCACAUGGACUUGGAGCACAAGGUCCUACUGACGGGCACCCCGCUGCAAAACACCGUGGAGGAGCUUUUCAGCCUCCUGCACUUCCUGGAGCCCUCGCAGUUCCCCUCGGAGGCCGAGUUCCUCAAGGACUUUGGGGACCUCAAGACGGAGGAGCAGGUCCAGAAGCUCCAGGCCAUCCUCAAGCCCAUGAUGCUGCGGCGGUUGAAGGAGGAUGUGGAGAAGAACCUGGCCCCCAAGCAGGAGACCAUCAUUGAGGUGGAGCUCACCAACAUCCAGAAGAAAUAUUACCGGGCCAUCCUGGAAAAGAACUUCUCCUUCUUGUCCAAGGGCGCUGGGCACACCAACAUGCCCAACCUGCUCAACACCAUGAUGGAGCUGCGCAAGUGCUGCAACCACCCCUACCUCAUCAACGGCGCCGAGGAGAAGAUCGUGGCCGAGUUCCGCGAGUCGUGGCCGGCGCUGCCGCCGCCCGACCUCCACCUGCAGGCCAUGGUGCGCUCGGCCGGCAAGCUGGUGCUCAUCGACAAGCUGCUGCCCAAGCUCAAGGCCGGCGGCCACAAGGUGCUCGUCUUCUCCCAGAUGGUCCGCUGCCUCGACAUCCUGGAGGACUACCUCAUCCAGAAGAGGUACCUCUACGAGCGCCUGGACGGGCGCGUGCGGGGCAACCUGCGGCAGGCGGCCAUCGACCGCUUCAGCCGGCCCGACUCGGACCGCUUCGUCUUCCUGCUGUGCACGCGGGCGGGCGGGCUGGGCAUCAACCUGACGGCCGCCGACACCUGCAUCAUCUUCGACUCGGACUGGAACCCCCAGAACGACCUGCAGGCGCAGGCGCGCUGCCACCGCAUCGGCCAGAGCAAGGCCGUCAAGGUCUACCGCCUCAUCACGCGCAACUCCUACGAGCGGGAGAUGUUCGACAAGGCCAGCCUCAAGCUGGGCCUCGACAAGGCUGUGCUGCAGUCCAUGAGCGGCCGCGAGGGCAGCAUUGCCGGGAUCCAGCAGUUCUCCAAGAAGGAGAUUGAGGACCUGCUGCGCAAGGGCGCCUACGCCGCCAUCAUGGAGGAGGACGACGAGGGCUCCAAGUUCUGCGAGGAGGACAUCGACCAGAUCCUGCUGCGCCGCACCACCACCAUCACCAUCGAGAGCGAGGGCAAGGGCUCCACCUUCGCCAAGGCGAGCUUCGUGGCCUCCGAGAACCGCACCGACAUCGCCCUGGACGACCCCAACUUCUGGCAGAAGUGGGCCAAGAAGGCCGACCUGGACCUGGAGCUGCUCAACAGCAAGAACACGCUGGUGAUCGACACGCCGCGCGUGCGCAAGCAGACGCGCCACUUCAGCACGCUGCGCGACGACGACCUCGUGGAGUUCUCGGACCUGGAGAGCGAGGACGAGGAGCGGCCGCGCGCGCGGCGCCACCCCCAGCCCCACGCGCCGCCCCACGCCUACGGCCGCACCGACUGCUUCCGCGUGGAGAAGCACCUGCUGGUCUACGGCUGGGGCCGCUGGCGGGAGAUGGCGGCGCGCGGGCGCUUCAAGCGGCGCCUGGCCGAGCGCGACGUGGAGACCAUCUGCCGCGCCAUCCUGGCCUACUGCCUGCUGCACUACCGGGGCGACGAGGCGCUCAAGGCCUUCAUCUGGGACCUCAUCGGCCCCGCCGAGAACGGCCGCGCCAAGGAGCUGCCCAACCACUCGUUGUCCGCGCCGGUGCCACGGGGCCGCAAGGGCAAGAAGGGGAAGGCGCCGGGCGGCGCCGAGGCGCCCAAGGCCGAGUGGCUCCGGCGCUGCGACCCCGCCGCGCUCUUCCAGGACGAGGGCUACAAGAAGCACCUCAAGCACCAGUGCAACAAGGUGCUGCUCCGCGUGCGCAUGCUCUACUACCUGCGCCAGGAGCUCAUCGGCGAGCAGGCCGAGAAGGUGCUGGCGGGCGCCGCGGCCAGCGACGUCGACAUCUGGUUCCCGCUGGUGGAGCAGCAGGAGGUGCCCGCGGCCUGGUGGGACGCCGAGGCCGACAAGUCCCUGCUGCUGGGCGUCUUCAAGCACGGCUACGAGAGGUACAACACGAUGCGCGCCGACCCCGCGCUCUGCUUCCUGGCCAAGGCCGGCCGCCCCGACGAGCAGGCCGUGGCCGCCGAGCAGCACCUGGACGCGGCCGACGGCCUCGACUUCGACAAGGACGAUGACGUCAACGGGGGCGCCGAUGAUGACGUCAACGAUGACGUCAAUGGGGACGCCGACGAUGACGUCAAUGGGGACGCCGACGAUGACGCCAGCGAUGACGCCAAUGGGGGCGCCAAUGAUGACACCAACGAUGACGCCAACGAUGACGUCCAUGGGGACACCAACAGUGACACCAACGUUGACACCCAUGAUGACCCCCAUGGGGACCCCAGCAAUGACACCAAUGGGGACCCCAAUGAUGACCCCCACGAUGACCCCCAUGGGGACCCCCAUGGGGACCCCCAUGGCUCCGAGUCGGGCUCCUGCGACGACGACAGCGACGAGGAGCGCGGGCCGGGCGUUCCCGGCGCGCCGAAGCUCUCCGAGGAGGACGAGGAUGAGGAGGACGAGGAGGACGAGGAGUCGCCGCCGUCGCCGCCCACGUCCCGCGAGGGCGACUCCCCGGAGCAGCCGCCGGAGCCGCCGCCGGAGCGGCCGCCGCCGCCCGACUGGCCCAAGGAGCGGGCGCUGGCGCGGCGCCUGGAGCUCGUGUGCCAGGCGGUGCUGUCGGGCGAGUGGCCCGAGGGGCCGCGCGGCGCCGAGCCCGGCGCCUUCACCCGCCUGCGGCCGGGCCCCGGCGACAAGGGCUUCAGCGUGCGCAUCAAGGACGAGGAAGGCCUCAAGCUGACGUUCCAGAAGCAGCGCCCGGCCCCCAACGGGGCGCUGCGCGAGCGCGGCCCCCCGCCCGGCGCCAAGAGGGCCGCCAAGAAGCCCCCGGAGGCCGCCGGCCUCCGCGCGCCCUUCGCGCCACCGGAGCCGAGCGAGCGGCACAAGCAGCACAAGUGGCCACGCGGCGGCGCCCACGAGCCCGCGGGCCUCCCCGCGCGCCGCGCCGACAUCCCCGGCGACAAGGCGCUGCGGGCGAGCGGCCGCGGGCGCCGCAUCGGCGUCUUCAGCAAGGACAAGUUCCCGGGGGACUUCAUGCGCAGCUGGAACGAGUGCCUGGCCCGCGAGGGCUUCGAGAAGGUGGACAUCAGCGCGGUGGUGGCGGCCACCAUGGCGGUGAAGGAGGACGGGGAGCUGCAGCUCAUGCGCAAGGCGGCCACCAUCACCUCCGAGCUCUUCAACAAGUUCUUCAAGGAGCGCGUCAUGGAGAUCGUCGACGCCGACGAGAAGGUGCGCCACAGCAAGCUGGCCGAGGCGGUGGAGAAGGCCAUCGAGGAGAAGAAGUUCCUGGCGGGCGCCGAGCCCUCGGCCGUGGAGAUGUGCUACCCGCCCAUCAUCCAGAGCGGCGGCCACUACAGCCUCAAGUUCAGCGUGGUCAGCGACAAGAACCACAUGCACUUCGGCGCCAUCACGUGCGCCAUGGGCAUCCGCUACAAGUCCUACUGCUCCAACCUGGUGCGCACGCUCAUGGUGGACCCGCCGCAGGACAUGCAGGACAACUACUGCUUCCUGCUGCAGCUGCAGGACGAGCUGCUCAAGGAGCUGCGGCACGGUGCCCGCCUCUGCGACGUCUACGCCGCCGUCAUGGACCUGGUGAAGAGGCAGAAGCCGGAGCUGCUGGGCAAGAUCACCAAGAACCUGGGCUUCGCCAUGGGCAUCGAGUUCCGCGAGGGCUCCCUCGUCAUCAACAGCAAGAACCAGCAGCGCCUCAAGAAGGGCAUGGUGUUCAGCGUCAACAUCGGCUUCUCGGAGCUGCCCAACAAGGAGGGCAAGAAGCCUGAGGAGCGCACGUACGCCAUGUUCGUGGGCGACACGGUGCUGGUGGACGAGGACGCCCCGGCCACCGUCCUCACAACCGUCAAGAAGAAGGUCAAGAACGUCGGCAUCUUCCUCAAGAACGAGGACGAGGAGGAGGAGGAGGAGGAGAAGGACGAGGCGGAGGACCUGCUGGGCCGCAGCUCCCGGGCGGCACUGCUCACCGAGCGCACACGGAACGAGCUCACGGCCGAGGAGAAGCGCCGGGCCCACCAGAAGGAGCUGGCCAUGCAGCUCAACGAGGAGGCCCGCCGGCGCCUCACCGAGCAGAAGGGCGAGCAGCAGAUACAGAAGGCCCGCAAGUCCAACAUCUCCUACAAGAACCCGGCGCUCAUGCCCAAGGAGCCGCACAUCCGCGAGAUGAAGAUCUACAUCGACAAGAAGUACGAGACCGUCAUCAUGCCCGUCUUCGGCAUCGCCACCCCCUUCCACAUCGCCACCAUCAAGAACAUCAGCAUGUCGGUGGAGGGCGACUACACCUACCUGCGCAUCAACUUCUACUGCCCGGGCAGCGCCCUGGGCCGCAACGAGGGCAACAUCUUCCCCAACCCCGAGGCCACCUUCGUCAAGGAGAUCACCUACCGCGCGUCCAACAUGAAGACGCCGGGCGAGCAGACGGUGCCGGCGCUCAACCUGCAGAACGCCUUCCGCAUCAUCAAGGAGGUGCAGAAGCGCUACAAGACGCGCGAGGCCGAGGAGAAGGAGAAGGAGGGCAUCGUCAAGCAAGACUCGCUGGUCAUCAACCUCAACCGCAGCAACCCCAAGCUCAAGGACCUCUACAUCCGCCCCAAUAUCGCGCAGAAGAGGAUGCAGGGCUCGCUGGAGGCUCACGUCAACGGCUUCCGCUUCACCUCGGUGCGCGGCGACAAGGUGGACAUCCUCUACAACAACAUCAAGCACGCCGUCUUCCAGCCCUGCGACGGCGAGAUGAUCAUCGUCUUGCACUUCCACCUCAAGAACGCCAUCAUGUUCGGCAAGAAGCGCCACACGGACGUGCAGUUCUACACGGAGGUGGGCGAGAUCACCACGGACCUGGGCAAGCACCAGCACAUGCACGACCGCGACGACCUCUACGCCGAGCAGAUGGAGCGGGAGAUGCGCCACAAGCUCAAGACGGCCUUCAAGAACUUCAUCGAGAAGGUGGAGGCGCUCACCAAGGAGGAGCUGGAGUUCGAGGUGCCCUUCCGCGAGCUGGGGUUCAACGGGGCGCCCUACCGCAGCACGUGCCUCCUGCAGCCCACCAGCAGCGCCCUGGUCAACUGCACCGAGUGGCCGCCGUUCGUGGUGACGCUGGACGAGGUGGAGCUCGUGCACUUCGAGCGCGUCCAGUUCCACCUCAAGAACUUCGACCUGGUCGUGGUCUACAAGGACUACGGCCGCAAGGUCACCAUGAUCAACGCCAUCCCCGUGGCCUCGCUCGACCCCAUCAAGGAGUGGCUCAACUCCUGCGACCUCAAGUACACGGAGGGUGUCCAGUCGCUCAACUGGACCAAGAUCAUGAAGACCAUCGUGGACGAUCCCGAGGGAUUCUUCGAGCAGGGCGGCUGGUCCUUCCUGGAGCCCGAGGGCGAGGGCAGUGACGUCGACGCCGGCGAGUCCGAGUCGGAGAUGGAGGACGAGACCUUCAACCCGUCCGAGGAGGACUACGAGGAGGAGGAGGAGGACAGCGACGAGGACUACUCCUCCGAGGCCGAAGAGUCGGAAUAUUCCAAGGAAUCCCUGGGCAGUGAGGAGGAGAGCGGCAAGGACUGGGACGAGCUGGAGGAGGAAGCGCGGAAAGCCGACCGCGAGAGCCAGUACGAGGAGGAGGAGGAGCACAGCCGGAGCCGCAAGAGGAAGGCUCCGGCCGCCCGCGGCGCCCGCGGCCCGGCCCGCGCGCCCGGCCCCCCCCGGAAGAAGAGGAAGUAGCCGGGAAUGCUGCCCAUCCCCCAUCCCACGAACUCUUCUCCCGGGGUUUUUCCCACUCCCUUUCCUUUCUCCCGGGGUUUUUGUUUCCGGUUGCGUUUUCCCAUUGCUUUUUUUUCCGGCCUUUUCACGGACCAAGGAGCCAUCCUGCUCCGCCCCCCCCCCACCUUUUUUUCUCCCGUUUUCCCUCCUUUUCAGAUUUAAUCAGAAUUUUUUGUAUCACUCGGCUCCAUCCCGUAUUUAUCGCCGUUCCGCGGCCGCCGCGAGAGGCUCUUCCCUGGGAGCGGGGCGGGAAGAGCGGCGCCUGCUCGCUCUGUUAUUAUUAUUAUUAUUAUUUUUCCCGUUUUUUUGGGGGGUUUUCCGCAGCCGGAAGCUCUUGGG